AGCGCGUGCCUGUCGCCCGCGCCCUCCCGUCCCACUUUUAGUAGCUCGCUCUCGCCAGCGAGCCGCCCGGAACGAGUUGUUGGGCUUGCUGCGGGGUCGUACGCAUACCGUACGCACUACGAAGUGCGAACGUACGAACCCCUCGCCCGUUUGAACGAAACUGGAAGAUGGGGGCGCGCGCGCGCGCGUGCGUUGUCACGGAGAUUAGAAAGAGUUGAAAGUUGUGUCGGCGUUCGCUUUUGACCUCAGCGCUCUUUUCUUCUUUUGUGAUUGUCGCGUUUUUCUCAAGCCCCCCCUUCGGCGGUCAGCGAUCGCUGCGUGGUUCUCAUUUCGCGCUGCCGUAUGUUCGCCGUCGGCCGAUCGGCUUGGAGGACAACGUGUAGGCGUCUCCCGCCCGUGCAAACAAGAGCGCGCCAGCAAAAAAGAAACGUUGGAGUUCGCGGAAGCGAGCGCCUUGAGCGGGCCGCGCGCAGCGGCAACUGCGCGCUUUGGGUGUCGCGCUGGCUGCGAGUAUCGUGUUCGGGCGCCCCGUCGCUGUAGCGUGCUCUUGAUGUCACCUUCGUCUGGGCGCUGCUGCGGUUUGCGGACGUGCGUCGUUGCCUUUGCAUGUCGCGCGUGUACCGGGAACACGAGAACGAGAUGGACGAGUGGGAAAGACAGGAGACGGGAACCGGAAUCCCGUAUUACGUGAACCAUCGAAAGGAGAAGACGCAGUGGGAUCAUCCUGAAAUGGUCCUCAUCAUUGAGAAGCUAACGUCGUUCAACGACAUAAAGUACGCUGCAUACAGAACUGGAGCAAAGCUAAUCUACCUUCAAAAAGAACUUCUAUUCAGCAACGUGCACGUGUCCAUGCUGGGCAGCGUGUUUGGGGCGCAUGGCCUAGAAGGCGCGUCCCAGCAUGAGCUGCUGCUCGGCUGCGCGCAGGUGGAGGCCAUCUUGGAAGACCUUUACAAGCGUGCUCCCGGGGUCCAUCAGCAGAAAGUUCCUCUUCUUGCUUCGCUCGCCCUGAAUCUGCUUCAGAACCUUUUUGACGCCAAGCGUAAAGGGACUAUACAAGUUUUGCAGAUGAAGAUAGCAUUGUUUGUUUUCUGUGCUGGGCGACUGCUGGACAAGCUCAAAUACAUUUGCAAUGAGCUACAAGACGGCACUCAUCGCAUUUCCUAUGAAGAGCUUGAAAGCUUCCUUCACAAUAUCUCAAAGAUUCCGGAGUUCCUUGGCGAAAAGCUUUCGUUUGGUGCGCAUUUUGUUCCUGCUGCUGUGGAGAGCUGCCGAAAGCUCGCGCCAGCACUGCCUGCCAUUCCUGAUGACAUGUUCCUCAACUGGCUGCUCCGGGAACCACAAAACCUAGUUUGGAUCUCCACCUUCUACAGGAUGAGGUCCACUGAAAAUGUUGCACACCCAAUGAAAUGCGGAGCAUGCAAGACGUACCCCAUCGUUGGUCUAAGGUACCAGUGCCUUCAGUGCCUCAACUACGACUUGUGCCAAAGCUGCUUUUUGCACGGCAACGUCAGCAAGAACCAUUCCAUCAAGCACCGAAUGCAAGAACACUGCCAACAGACUUCUUCCUGGGAAAAAGUCAAAGGCGUCCUGAAGACUAUCAGCCUGAAGAUCCAGCGCUGGAAGCGCGAACCUAGGCCCAGCUACCUUCCCCUGCAAGCCAACCCUGAACCCAAGCCUCCAGCACAAAGCCCGAAAGCGUAUCGAGUGCCGCCGUCGGAUGAAGUGGACUGUGUGAAGUCAGCAGCUCACAAUAAUGCGCUUAUGGCACCAUGCUUGGACACCCUCCACCAGCAGGAGCUGGAGAGCAUCAUCGAGCGGCUUGAACGAGAGAACAGGAACCUUGCCCGUGAGGUAGCGGCAAAAGAACUCGGCACGGGUAGCCCAACAUCGGUUCCUUCGUCACCUCUCCGGCAGCGCUACCUCCACCAGCACCUGGCGCAGGUGGAGGUGCAGCUGAAACGCAUGCGCAGUCUUCUUCAGGUGCUAUCGAGAGAGGAGACGGGUGGUGCGGAUCCCAUGAUGUGCGUCCCCAAUGGGGUGCCUGGUGGCGGUGGUCAUCCGUGCUUGGCUCCAGCGGGGAACAACCUCGCCUGGCUCCAGAGCACGCCGGCCAACGGCGGGCGGAUGCCAUGCAAAAGCAUGGAUCGGUUCAUGGAGAUUCACAAUGGUCUCAAAGCCAUGGAGGCCCCCCUGAAUGCACCCACCCCUCCGCCCCCACCACCAACGCCGAGUGUCGUCUGGGAGCUGCGCCGGGACGUGGCUGCAAGUUCAUCCACGCUUCCAGAACCGCCAUCGCCAAUUGCCUGUGCCCCUCCUUCGGAGAUUGUCAGCGCCUGCGCAAACAAGGGUACACUGGACUCUGCAAAGGAGUGCACCUUUGGGGACCUGACAUCACCGGUGCAGUCGACCUUCAUGGUAGACCCUGCCAGCACCACAGGGAUGGGCAAUGGCUGUCCUGCCGCGCUACCCGGGCUGCCCCUUGACGGAGAGCUGGAGAGCAUCCUGCGGCAAUUGGAUGACCUGCUGUCUGAACCCAAACAAGCUGAACGGUGAUCUGGGUCUCUCAGUUAAACAUUGACCAAUGUGCAAAUCUUGGUUCAUUGUUACAACUCAGUGGUGGUGAAGAACCACGUCAUGGAGACUGUCAAUCAGGUUCAGCAAGUCAUGGACAGGAUGAAACAGAGCUGCUAAAAAGGGAAUUCACACCACUGCAUCUUGAGGACCACAGUGUUUUUUGUAGAUCCCCGUUUUAAGUUUGAAAUGCCUUGUUUCUUUCUUUUCUGUACAGUUGUAAUAUUUUUAAACAGUUAUGACAAAACUGCGUGCUGUUCGUAUUUCAGGCUGAUUUAGCAUGUAGAGAAAGUUGUGCACAGUCAAACCUUGUUAUUAUAAAACAUGUAUGCAUUGCAGUUUUCAUAUAAUGAUACCACUUGUAAUGAGUACCAGUUAUCAUGGUAGACUUUCGUUUACUGUAUCAUGUAUAAGAUGUUUCUGAAACAAGUCCCACAGUUCACUGUUACAAUCAACAGUUUCUUUUUCUUAGUUAUUUUAUAACUAGACUGCAUUUUAAUGAAUUAUUGGGUACAGUUGACUGAAUAUAAAGUGCUUCUAUGGUUAUACUUUAAUGAAGUCUCUGUUACCUGACGCAACGAAAAACACAAGAUCUAGCGUGGAACUUAUAACAAUGUCAACUGUUCGUUUUGGCAGGGGUCAAAAGUGUGCUAUUUGCAAAAGCACCAUGCCGAGUUGCUGUACUGCAUGUGGGAUGAAGCAAGCGUAGGGAUCUUAAUUUCAGGCAGUCACAUUCAACAUUGCUGUCGCAUCAUAAGUGUUGACCUUACCAUAUUCCGUUGUCUAUCAUUUCUGCAGAUCAGAUUGAAAAGCAAGGAAUACAGUAGAACCUUGUUGAUAUUGUCACACGAACAAAGGACUAAGAACUGGAGGCUAUUUACAAAGUAUAUUUACACAGAAUAACUACAGCGCUGGCCAGUUCAGCCGACAGCUCUUCAGCCAGAGAGCGUUUGUUCUCUUCAUCGGGACGCCCGCGUGCAUCGUCCACGAGAAACAUAAUAUGCAUGUAUCAUUAUCCCCGGUGGCAGAAGCACCGUCCCGGUGCGUCUAAAUAUCAGGAGAGUAGUAUCGUUUGAGGCGUGUGACAUGCACAGUGUCAGUGGAAUUCAGGGCAGAUGAGGCACUGGUACUGAUUGGGGUGAUUUCGUAGGUAACUGAAGUCACGACCCGCAGCACUCGAUAUGGGCCUGGGUACCAAGAUGGGAGUUUUUCUGACAGGCUAACGUGAUGAGUCGGGGACCACAGGAGCACCAGCGAUCCAGGCAAAAAGUGGACGUCUCUGUGUUGGGGAUCGUACAAACGCUGUUGCUUCUCUUGGGAGGUCAGGAGGCAAGCGUGAGCAAUUUCGCAUGCUUGGGCUGCCCUGGUGAUGGCGUCAAGUGCAUACUCGCUGGUCUCUGCUGCGGUGGAUGGAAGGGAUGCGUCCAGUGGCAAUGUGGGUUCUCGACCGAACAGCAGAAAGAACGGGGAAUAACCGGCAGUGUCUUGACGUGAAGAAUUGUAUGCAAAAGUGACAUAGGGUAGGGCAAGGUCCCAAUCAGUAUGGUCGGACGAGAAAUGCUUUCGAGACACUUUUCAAGCAUGUCUGUUAGGCUGUGAUUCAGACGCUCCGUGAGACCAUUAGUCUGUGGAUGGUAAGACAUAGUCGGCUUGUGCUUAGUUGAGUAGAGAAACACACAAUAUGCAUGUGUCAAUACGAUCUGAAAAAAAAAAAAGUGAGAAAGAACAUAAUUGGGUAAACAUAUGAUCCAAAGUCAAUAAAAAAUUUGUCAGACUCGAUUGUAAGCGACACAUAAUGGGAAGCGUUGCACAAAUCAUUGUGCCAUGAGACACCGACAUGUACUAAGCAGGUGGUGCCAGGGUGCCUCGAGAUGCGCAUUGCUGUAUUUGUGGCUUCGGCUAGCUUAUGUUCACACUUCUAGAAUUUGGCCUAGGUUAGCAGCUUCUUUGAACAGAGCAUUUUGGCGGGAAGUUCUGAUUAGCCCACUCAGCGCGAAUCGUUGUGGCAUGAGAUGUCGACAUGGCAUCAAGCGGGUGGGGCGUGUGUGGCCUGACGCAUUGUCAUUUUCUUAUUGGGUAGCAACCAGAAACCGAAAUGAAAAUUAACAAAAAUUAAGCCAGUGAGCGACGUCAGAGUAUGAUGCUCACUUCGUCCAGUCUGUAGCAAAGAACAUGCAGCAUGUUUGGUUUGUAGCCUUCGAAAAGUGUGCAGUAUGCUUCUAAUGGCACUAUGCCAUGCAUGCUGGGACACAGACAGGUGAAGGUGCUUAUUGCAAUAGGAUUGGCCGUGAUAGCUGUGGAUGUGGGGUGCGACCGACUAGAAAAUUUGUUGGUACCUAAAUAUGAAACUGAGUGGACACUGACGUAUUCAAAUUGACAUGUGCGGGCAACUACUAUGGGAAAGCUGCUGUGGCAGGCAGCUACUGUUCUUGAUGUCGCGCCUUUUCUUGUUUUUAUUGGAUAUAGCAGCCAGAAGAUGCAUCAUACGGUAACAGUUUGGUGAUAUACUGAGCAUUGGUGCUGAAAGGUAGUGUUUCUCAGGAAUGUAUAUACAGGUAGAAAAAAAAUUCAUCGACGAUUACGAUAUUUCCUAAUGUGAAAGUUGAGUGUAGCUCUAUACGUGUAGCUCUAAACGUGUAUUCAUUUCGCAAUAUAUUGGCUGGUGUAGACGGUCUGUCUCAUGCGACAUGUUGCAAAUUAACCAAAGUGUGCCACAACUGCAUCGCUAAUCGGGAGAUCAAGAGAGGCGGUGCGUGGGUGACGCAUGGGCAUAAUUCAUAGCAGCCGCCAUGAACAGACCUCCGCUCAUGCAGUGCUUUGUUUUCAUACAGACAACGCAUGCUACUCUGGUGCCAUCUUGUAGAGCCACCGUCGCCACAAAGUCCGUCUUGCGCGGCGCUACGCUUCUUGUGUCACGCUUUCACCGUACCCUCCUCCUCCGUUUUCCUCCUCGUGCUCUCUUCACUAUCGCCGUCUUUCAUUUCCCGCUGCGUGCAUUUCCUUUCAUCCUUCAUCUUGCUCGGUUACAAGGGACAAUACUGACGCUCGCCGCAGAAAUGGGCGCCCAAGUGCUCCACUCUAAGAUAAGCGUGACUUUAUUGGAUCAUGUCUUGAGUCUUCAGUCGCGAACAUUAGCGUUGAAAAAUCACACGAAACUGGAUCAUAUCAACGAGGUUCUACUGUACUUUCUGUAUACAUUGCAAAUGAAACCUUAACGUUGUUAUAGUAAAUUGUUAUAUCUUUGUUUUUCUUGUCAAGCCCAUUUUGCAUGGGCCCAAAUGCAUAUUUAUUUAUAUUUCAGGUUUCUAGGCAUCCAUUUUUGUGACCUAUUUGGUAUGGCAAGUGCAUUUCCAUGACUUUAUGACACUGCUCAGUUGUUCAGGGGGUCUUUUGUGUUUGAGAAGAGGCAAUGACAUUCCCAUUACAUACUGCCAUUACUGGAGUGCGUAAUAUGUCAGUAGAUGAGGGGAGUUGCAUGUUAUAUGAACUCUCUAAAGCUGUCCCACUUGUUUUACUAAGCUUUUGUUGUCAUUUUCUUUUACUAAAGUUAACGAAACCACAGAAAUGUAAUUGUCGAUUAAUCAUAGCCUAUUGCUCAAAUGGAUAGAAAGCCAUGCUUCAGCUAACGAGAAACAUUGCAUGAAACUGUGCUAAAACUUUGAAAGGAUGUAAACGAAGCCCUUUCAACCUUCAAACUGGCCUGUGCUUUUCAUGGGUCCUAGUUGUGUGUGAAUAGACUUAUCACUGCACUGUAUGAGCAUGUGAACAGAGAGUAAUGGGUUGCCUUGUGAGGUGCAUUCAGCAACACCUGGCUUCACUCCUAUAAAUUCACAUAUGCACCUUGACCAGCUUCAUGCUAACUAUAAAUGUGGGGAGUGUGGGGUCAGCUCUCAAGUGAAGUAGUCAUUAUUCUUGCAUUACACUCUUUGGAGAUAAUUAUGAUGAGUAGCUUGAGGGACAUCCUUUGAUACCAGUGACUUUUCAAGGAAGCACUCAGUGCCUAAACAUGAAAUAGAAGUUCAGAGAUUGAUCAGGGUCUUGAUGUGCACCAAUUGCUUCAGUUGAUGCAUGGCACCACCCUCUUUUUGGAGGAGUAAAGGUGUCAAGUUGAUGUGCAUCUGAGAAUACAGUAGUCACUGUGUGCCUUUAAUAUAAAAAGUUAGAGCCUUGCUGGUACAUUGAUUGUUCAGGUUUCGAAUGGUGGUUUAGCGAUUGCAUUUUAUUAUUUUUUACACUAUGUCGUUAGGCAAAGAAACUGAAUAUGUUGACUAGUGCUUAUGUACAGCCACAAAGGAGAUCAUUCGAAGUACCUUUUGUCAGCAGGGGCUAUAUUGUAAGUAGCUGUGUGUCAUGCAAAACUGUUGCUGACAGCAAUUUGUGUGCAGCUACUGGAAAACUGGAUGUUUUCCGUAUGGUGUGUUGGGUGUUGUACCAUGUGGUAAGACACCUCUUAUGAUAGCCAUUUCGUGAGGGGUGCAUGUAAUAUUUUUGCCGUCAAGUGCCGAAAAAAAAAAGAAAAAAAACGUUGCAGUUGUUCCUAACAGAUUUUGUAAAGUGUCAAGUGAUUGAGGUUGGCUUCUCGGCCGUGGAGUGGCCGCGGUUACGUGUUUUGUUGCAGUGUUCGUUUUAAGGGGUGCCACUACGUCAUUGGAGUCCAAGCGUACAUUUGCUGUUCUAAUCGUUUUGUUGGCAGCUGAAUUCUUUUUCGGGAUUGAUUUAAUCUACGUUCCAUGAACUUCAGUUUUUUAGUAAGCUGUGUCAGAAUGGCGAUGUAUUGUUUGUCUUUAGAUGACAGGGAUAUGUCAUCAUGAAUUGUUGUGAAGUAUCUGGCGAUAAGAUUAGCUUAUCGUUGUGUAAAAUAAUCUUGAAUGGAAUUGCAGACAAUCCAGUUUGUCACUUUGCUUCAUGUUACACUUGUGGUUAAGCUUACUUGUGCAGGAGCAUUAAGUCAUCUGUGAAAUUUUGCCUAUUGCCACAUAACAUGUUAUGCUCAGCGCCUUGCUUCAAAUCAAUUUUGUUUACCAGGUAACAAGUGUUUUAUUUGAUUAAGUUUUUUGGGUCAGCUUUUACUUUUACUUUGGUGGCCAUGGUAGAUGUGGCUUGUAUAACAUGGGCUGCUAUAGUGGUAUAUGUUUUUCAUUAAUUCUUCCAGUACAGAACAAUUUUGGCUGGCAUUUUUGCUCUUCGCAGUUUCAUAAAUGAGUUCUUGAAGGAAACUGUUCAAUCCAUUUCCAUUCAGUGCAGUACUUAGUACCUGCCAUUACUUUCGCAUCUGUUCUUAUGUUUUUAUGGAUUCAUCAUGCAUUAAGGAUUGCUUUUUUGUUAGUGCAACAUUACUAUCAAAAGUGGCAUGUCUACCUUGUACAAGUGCAUUAUAUUUACUGCCUUUUGACAGAAGUCCCGCCGAGACAUUUUUGAUGGCCUCUAUUAUUUGUGCAACUGCAUUUCGCUAAUCAACAAGUACUAUUUACCUUUUGCCUCUUCUCUUUUUAUAAUGAGUGUCAGAACUUUUGGAGCUUAAUCAAAAUGAGUGAAUGGGAUCGUUGUGCCUUAUAUAUAACUUUUGUACAGAAUGUAGUAUAGAUUUGUUAUUGUCCUUGACUAUUAAGGAAAUGAAACGUUGUGCACUGCA